GCCAUCUUGUGGGAACGCCUUGGAAGAGGAAGCGAAAAAGAGAAGAGGUCGGUUGGGAAGGCAAGCGAGGCGGACAUUUUUAGUACCCUUUCUUACACCUCCUCUUCACGGUACCGAUUUUAAGUGUAAAACGGUGUGGUGGAGGCAUCUUUUUUGUUUUAACGUUUGUUUGUUUAGGCAGCAAUACAGCCCGGACCAUCUGCAUCAGAGAUAUUUGGUUGCUGUCUUUCACAUUUGAGAUUUUCUUGAUCUCUGAACUAUUCCAGUUCCAGCAUGGGAAAUGUGUUUGCAGGGCUAUUCAAAGGCCUGUUCGGCAAAAAAGAAAUGCGAAUUCUUAUGGUGGGGCUUGAUGCUGCUGGAAAAACUACAAUUUUAUACAAGCUUAAACUUGGAGAAAUUGUAACCACUAUUCCUACCAUAGGUUUCAAUGUAGAAACAGUAGAGUACAAGAAUAUUAGCUUCACUGUGUGGGAUGUAGGUGGUCAAGAUAAAAUCCGUCCACUGUGGAGGCACUAUUUCCAGAAUACACAAGGGCUGAUUUUUGUGGUGGAUAGCAAUGACAGGGAGAGAGUAAAUGAAGCUAGAGAAGAAUUAAUGCGAAUGUUGGCAGAAGAUGAACUUAGAGAUGCUGUGCUUCUAGUAUUUGCUAACAAACAGGAUCUUCCAAAUGCAAUGAAUGCAGCAGAGAUAACAGACAAGCUUGGACUGCACUCUCUACGUCAUAGGAACUGGUACAUCCAGGCAACCUGUGCCACCAGUGGAGAUGGUCUCUAUGAAGGACUAGACUGGCUGUCCAAUCAGCUUCGAAACCAGAAAUAGCUUUCAUCAAUCCUCAUAUCUGUUCCUUCACUGAUUAUUCUACACUUUUUCUCUCGUGGCAAACUAUGCUACUUUGUGGUAUUGAGUGCCAGAAAUUGACCUCAUUUCAUUUCUGUUGAAAUCAUAACAUGUAUUAUGAAUUCAGUUUUCUUUUUUAGAUGUGGGGGAAAAUAUUAAAAAAAUAAAACAAGUUUGAAAUAAUUAGAAUUCCUAUUUAAUGUAAAUAGCCGUCUUUUGUAAUGAGACUCUUUCUGGCACUCCUAUGCAAUAUUUACUCAGCCUCCCCACCCCCAAUUUAAAAAUAUAUAAUGUACAUGUAUUAGCACAGGAGAAGGGUAACUCAAAAGUACAUUAUUCCUUAAGAGGAGAAAAUUUACUGUUAAAAUGUUUUGGUGUCUGUAUGGAGAGUAUUAAUUGGAUGUUGGUUUUAAUUUGAAGUAUUUAGUGAAUGAUGAGGAUGUACAUUUCAUUGAGAACAUCUUAAACAUACCAACGUAAUAUUUGGAGUAAGAAAUGGCCAGACUUAGGUCCUGUGUUUCUUUGAGAAAAUUGGAGGGGCAUUUCUUGCCCAGUGAUAUUGAGCUACAUGCCUAUAGAGUGCAAUAAGUGCCAUCUUGAUAAUAAUUCAUCUCAUGGAUCACUUAUUAAUGAAUUCACUUGUUGAUCUUGAAGGGGCUGAAAGCUGCACAGACUGGACACUUUAAAAGCAAAGUUUAGAUUUCUAACUGUAUUUGGUAUGCUUUUAACAUAUAAAUUAAAUGUUGGGCCCCUAAUAUUCAAUUUAGUCACUGUAAACCACUCUAGAGAAGAGUUUUCCAGUAGUCUGCAAAACGUUGCACUGGUUUUGGCUCUCUUCUUAAAUGAUGCAAGUGAGGUUUACAGUAAACUUGUAGUUAAAAAUCCGUGGCACAUUUUUAUAACAUAUAAAAUAUCUUGCAUGAGUCAUUCCAGUGUUUUCAAAAAAAAAAAAAAAAAGCUUUGUCUCUUCACUUUUGAAGUUGCGGUUGAGUUGGUAUACAUCAAUGCUGCAAGGUCAGAGUUGCCAUCUCUAAAGCUUUGUUUUUUUUCUCUUUUUUUAUUAUAUAUAAUCUUUUUUUCCUUCUAAAUUUUCUUUCAGUCAACACUGAAAAUUUUAGAAUUGUCCAGGGUUAUUUUUUUGGUUUUUGGGUUUGUGUAGCGGUGUGACUUUUUUUUCUCCUUACAUGAAUACUAAAUAUUUUAUAUGUAUUCUUGUUUCAGUUUUCAUUUUGACAAACACUGUAAUUCAUUCGGUUAGAAUAAAAUCUUUACAUUGUUCAA